ACUGAGACGACGGGGCAGCUCACUACUAGCUACUACUCUGAUUCCGUAUAUGAUAUGCGCUCGCCCUUGGGGGGCCCUUUGCUUGUUCUACUACUAGUUUAUAGUCGCCAUGUCCCGCUCCUGUCACGCACGACGACGGUGCCCAUAAUUAGUAACCCCCCCGGCCCCCCUCCGCCAGCAACCCCCGCCCCCGGCCGCCUGGAUGCCUUUUGAGAGAAAUUGACACGCCCAUCCAUCCAGCUCGGAGCGACACCGCCUCGCACGGGCGCUUGCCUGCUGCGUGCGUGCGUGCGUGCUGAGCGCGCGGGACGGGGGCUCGAUCGGCGGCGCUGCAGGCGAGAGAGGCUCGAAUCGCUCGAUCGUACGUGUUUCCUACCCCAUCGUCGAUCGAUCGAUCGGUUUCCAAGGUAUCCUCCGGCUGAUGAUGGACGGCCUCCACACGGAGCUCGCGCUGGGGCUGCUCGCCGGGUGCGGCGUCGGAGGCGGAGGCGGAGGCGACCAGCUCCUCCAGACAGCGGCGUUCGUGGCCAAGACCUACCAGAUGGUGUGCGACCCGCGGACGGACGCGCUCGUCCGGUGGGGCAGGGACAACAACAGCUUCGUCGUCGUCGACGCCGCCGGCUUCUCGCGGCUGCUCCUCCCCUGCUUCUUCAAGCACAGCAACUUCUCCAGCUUCGUGCGCCAGCUCAACACAUACGGGUUCCGGAAGGUGCACCCGGACCGGUGGGAGUUCGCGCACGAGUCGUUCCUGCGCGGCCAGACGCACCUGCUGCCGCGCAUCGUGCGCCGCAAGAAGCGCGGCGAGGGAGGCGGUGGAGCCUGCUCCGCCUCCGGCGGCGACGCGCAGGCGCAGUCGCACUACGCGGCGGCGGCCGGCUGCUGCACCGGUACGGGCGAGGAUCAUCAUCAUCAUCAUCAGGAGGAGGAGGAAGCGGAUCCGGAUAACGAGAAGGAGGCGGCGCUGCUCGAGGAGGUGCAGCGGCUGCGGCAGGAGCAGACGGCCAUCGGGGAGGAGCUGGCGCAGAUGAGCCGGCGCCUGCAGGCCACGGAGCGGCGGCCCGACCAGCUCAUGUCGUUCCUCGCCAGGCUCGCCGAGGACCCCGACGGCGUCACGCGCAGCCUCGUGGAGCAGGCCGCCGAGAAGAAGCGCUGCCGCAUGCAGCUUGCCUCCCAGCCCGUCCGCCCGCUCCCGCCUCCGCUCCCGCCGGCGCCGCCGCCAGUGCCAGUGCCAGUACCAGCACUCCACCACCACCCGCUGCUGGCGGCGCUCGGAGGCGGCGCCGCCAAGGGCCUGGACGGCUGGCAAUGGGAAUGGGCGGAGCAGAAGCCGUCUGCUGUUGUGCUCCCCACCUUCGAUCCCCCCGCCGCCACCUACUGCGGGGUCGGGGUGCACCAUGUGCCGAAUCUCGGAGGCGGCAACGGCGGCGGCAUCAUCGGCAUGGGCCUGACUGCGGCUGACGAGACCGCGGUAGAGACCACCCCCUUCCCGUUCUGCCUGCUCGGCCAGGGUUUCUUUUGACCUGCUGCUGCUCUUGCUGGUAAAUCAUGCACGUGCACCUUCUACCGUACUACUCCCGGCCGUCUCUGCUGCUUUCUACCACUACCUGCAGUGAGCAGUCUACCACUACCUCCUUGUCCUCGAUCUGCAAACCAUUGUGCUGCUUGCUCUGCACAUGAUCAGUAUAUGAUGACAUCUGAUGUUAGUAGUUAUCACAAAAUGAGCAUCACAGGCUAUUUCAUGCUGCAUCUGCAUGUGUUUAUGUAACCGUGUAGAACUGAUCGUUGGAUGAUCAUGUUCAUCAUUACUAGUUCUAGUGAUUAGCCCUUGCAUUUGUUGGGUUGGACAUACUAGCUAGUAGCUAGCGUAGUGGAGCUCUUCGUGUCCUCCAAGUUUGUAGGGUUUUCAAGGGAUUAAACUAAGCUCGCCUGCACUUCGGCGCGCAUUACUUUUGCUGCAAA